AAUCGUUUUUACUGUUUCAAGUAUUAUAGAUAUAUUUUGUUUAAAAUACUAGUUAUUUAACGUACGUUAUAACAAAAACGUUCGGAUGAACGUUGCGGACGAGGGUUCCAUUCACCGCCUAGAAGGCUCGGCUGGUGACUCUGUAGGCGGACUUAUUAUUAAAAAGAAAAAAACGACAGGCGAAGCACAUGUGUUUACGAAACCAGAAAGCAAACCGUCGCUACUUGGAUUAGAUAAGCUAGCAGCAUUGAAGAAAGACGAAGAAAAGAGUAAAAGAGAAGCAAGUGACGAAAAAGACUCAAAAUGGCGUUCAAAACAUGGCCACAAUGACAGACAUUACCGACCUGCGAGAUUUGAGACACCAUCCUACACUGGUGGUGUCAGUUCAACAUAUAGAGAUCGUAAAGAUAAAAGAGAUAAGGACAGAGUGAAACGAAAGGAGGGGGUUUAUGCUUCUUCUAAAGAUGGUGUGCGAGAGAAGAAAGAUAGAAGAAGUGAAAGAAGCACUCGAAGUGAAUGGGAAGACACGCCAAGUCACUCCAAGUCAAGCAUGUAUCCUGAUACACCAAAAGUACAUGGCAGAGGAACUCCACAAACCUCUUCAUGGGAGGCAGAUGAUGAUGCAGGAAGACGCUCAUCACGAUCCUGGGAGUCACCAUCACCAUCCAUACACAGAGGAAGGGAGACUCCUGGAUCAAGAAGAGAUUUUCGGGAAGGGACGAGCAGGAGAUCAAAAAGAUCAAAUGAAACCCCCCUUCCAACCCCUUCAUAUAAAUACAAUAAGUGGAACCGUGAGAAUAAGACACCACAGUGGGGUAAAGCAUCGGACAUGAAUGAUGAACAGAAGCAACAAUGGGAAGAGGAACAACUACGAGCUGAUAGGGAUUGGUAUAUGAUGGAUGAAGGAUUCGACGAACGAAAUAAUCCUUUCAAUUCUUCCUCGGAGGAAUAUGUUGAAAAACGAGAACAACAAAUCAAACAACAACGCAAGGAGAGAAUCUCGGCUCAUAGAAAACAAAUAAAUGAAGAUAAUGAGAAAUGGGAGACGAACCGGAUGAUGCGGAGUGGUGUCGUCCUCCAGACCAAGUUCGAUGAUGAGGACUUGAAUGAGUUUGGAGGAGCAAGAGUCCAUCUCUUCGUGCAUAAUAUCGUUCCUCCUUUCCUGGAUGGAAGAAUCGUUUUCACGAAGCAGUUUGAACCAGUUAUUCCAUUGAAAGAUAACACAUGCGACAUGGCAGUGGUUGCAAGGAGCGGGAGUCUUCUUGUUCGAAAGUAUCGUGAACAGAAGGAGAGGAAGAAGUCACAGAGGAAGGAUUGGGAGUUGGCGGGAACAAAACUCGGCAACAUCAUGGGGAUCAAGAAGGAAGAUGAUAAAGAGAAUCCUGACAUGAGCGAAGAUAGCGACUUUAAAUCCUCACAACGCUUCAGUCAACACAUGGGAAAGAAAUCUGAAGCCAGCAGUGACUUUGCGAAAAGUAAAACUCUCACCCAACAGCGACAAUUCCUGCCUAUCUAUGCUGUAAAAGAAGAACUUCUGAAUAUAGUUCGAGACAACAACAUAGUUGUGAUCAUCGGUGAAACAGGCUCAGGGAAAACUACACAGUUAGCUCAGUAUCUACACGAAGACGGAUAUUCCAAAUAUGGUAUGAUCGGGUGCACCCAACCACGAAGGGUGGCUGCUAUGUCGGUGGCAAAGCGGGUGAGCGAGGAAAUGGGGGUUUCCCUGGGUGAGGAUGUGGGGUACGCUAUCAGGUUUGAAGACGUUACUAGUGAGAAAACGAUCAUUAAAUACAUGACUGAUGGUAUUUUACUCCGUGAGUCUCUUCGUGAAUCUGACCUCGAUUGCUAUAGCUGUAUUAUCAUGGACGAGGCUCACGAGCGCUCGCUUAACACUGAUGUCCUGUUCGGGUUGUUACGUGAGGUUGUGACCCGGCGCCGUGACCUUAAACUUAUCGUGACAUCUGCCACCAUGGAUGCCGAAAAAUUUUGCCAUUUUUUUGGAAACGUUCCAAGUUAUACUAUACCAGGUCGUACUUUUGCUGUUGACGUUUUAUUCAGUAAAACUGUGGUUGAAGAUUAUGUGGAAGCUGCUGUUAAACAAGCCCUUCAAAUCCAUGUACAAGGAAGAAAAGGUGAUAUUCUAAUCUUCAUGCCUGGACAAGAAGACAUUGAAGUUACAUGCGAUACAUUAACAGGAUUGAAGAACUUAGAAGAUGUUGCUCCUCUUGCUGUGCUCCCAAUCUACUCCCAACUUCCCUCUGACCUCCAAGCGAAGAUCUUUCAGAAAGCUCCUGAUGGGAUUCGGAAAUGUGUGGUGGCAACUAACAUUGCUGAAACAUCACUUACAGUUGAUGGAAUAGCUUUCGUGGUGGAUCCCGGCUUCUGUAAAUUGAAGGUGUUCAACUCCCGCAUAGGAAUGGAUGCUUUAUCUGUGUUUCCUGUGUCACAAGCCAACGCAAACCAAAGAUCGGGUCGUGCUGGCAGAACAGAAGCAGGGGUUGCUUAUCGUCUAUAUACACUGAAUCAAUACAAACACGAGAUGUUAACAGCAUCAGUGCCCGAGAUACAACGCACAAACCUCGCAAAUGUUGUUCUAUUGUUGAAAUCGCUUGGUGUGCAAGACCUGCUCAAGUUUCAUUUCAUGGACCCCCCACCCCAGGACAACAUAUUGAACUCCAUGUACCAGUUAUGGAUACUCGGUGCCCUUGAUAACACGGGUGCCCUUACAUCAUGUGGGAGGAACAUGGUGGAAUUUCCACUCGAUCCACCCCUGUCUAAGAUGAUGAUUGUGGCAACUGAGAUGGAAUGUAGUGCUGAGAUACUGAUAAUAGUAUCCAUGCUGUCGGUACCUGCCAUAUUCUACCGACCAACUGGUAGGGAAGAAGAGAGCGACGCAAAAAGAGAGAAAUUCAGCGUGCCUGAGAGUGAUCAUAUGACGUUACUUAACGUAUAUCAGCAAUGGAAAACUAAUGGAUACUCAUCCACAUGGUGCAACGAACACUUCAUCCAUGCAAAAGCAAUGAGAAAAGUUCGAGAAGUUCGAUCUCAACUUAAAGAGAUCGCUGACCAACAGAAGAUGAAGAUUGUAUCGGCAGGCAAUGAUUGGGAUGUAAUAAGGAAAUGUAUUUGUGCAGCUUAUUUCCACCACGCUGCAAGGCUGAAGGGCAUUGGGGAAUAUGUGAACGUCCGUACGGGCAUGCCUUGCCACCUGCACCCAACGUCAUCUCUGUUUGGAAUGGGAUUUACACCAGAUUAUGUUGUCUACCAUGAGCUGGUGAUGACGUCUAAGGAAUACAUGCAGAAUGUUACAGCUGUAGAAGGAGAAUGGCUGGCUGAACUUGGUCCCAUGUUUUACAGCGUGAAGGAAUCGGCUAAAUCAAGACAUGAGAAGAGAGCAGCCGCCAAAGAGCGAAUGUCACAAAUGGAGGAGGAGCUUUCAAUUGCUCAUGAACAAAUAAAGAAGAGAAAGAAGGAGCAAGAAAGUGAGAAGAAACCAGGAUCCGAGAUGGUUCGAAUCGCCACUCCUGGACAAUCCAAACUAACUACCAUUUCCACUCCAAGACGAACACCCGGCAGAUUCGGUUUAUGAUACUUAAAAAUCACCAUUAAACAUCAUGUUUCUUACGAUCGUAGGUCGUCACUGCCCCAUCAGUCGAGUCGCGCCGUCACGAGGAAUUUCGUCAUCAAAAGUGACGUCACUGAACCGCGAACGCAAGAAGAGUAGGUGAAGAUUAAGAAGCAGUGUAUCUUCAUAUCGAAAUAAAAUCCCGUGUCAGUCGUGUG